UGGCCUCCUCCAGACAAUCUGGCCAACGUUUUAUCUAACCUGAAAGCCCUUUUGAGGUGCUGUUGGUGUUGCUGGGUAGAGCUCCCUGUGAUGUCCCUGGGGCAGGCAGGUUGAGGAGGAGCUCCAUGGCUGCAGUUCAUGCUCUGCUCUGUGUUCCAGGAGUAAAAAAGCUGGAAUGAUUUUAACAAAAGAGUUGGGCGUGGGCCUUGGACGUUGAAUGAACAUUUUAACUUUGUCUUUUAAGAAAGUGUUUCUGAAUCUGGCUUGGUGGAGGGCAGAGCUGUGAUGGACACGGUGAUGAUGCUGCCCAUCAGAGUGGCUUCUGAGGUGGGCUGUGACCAAGGGAGGAUGCUGCUUGCUCCUGAACUCAACAGGCAGUGACAGUCACCUCUCGGGCUGUGGGUGUUCGGCCCACAGUAUUUCCUGCAUACCAGGCAUUGCCCCAAUCUCUGUGGGCGUCACUGAAGCAGAGCUGGUGAAACUCCCCAGGGAGCAGACCUUCCAGGGGCAGUGAGGGUGGCAGUGGCCCUGGGGAGCCCUGUCCCCACCAGGGACCAGACUCUGACACAUGGGUGCUGCUGGGAGCCAAGGGCAUCCAGGUGUGCCCUGCAUGCAUGGGAGCUCCUGGGGCGGAGGACUCAACGGCUUGGGAACAUCUGCAGGGAGGAAGCAGCAGGGCAGCCCCUUUGUCCUCCUCUCCUGGACCAGGCGGAGGCUGGCAGGAGGGUGGCAGGGAGAGGUUUGCAGCAGGAGACUCCAGGCUGAGCAUCCGACAGCAACAGCCAGGAUGGGGGGAUCUGUGCCGCUAUUGUUCCCAGCAUUCCCAUCCAUGCCAUCUAUGCAGCACGAGGCAGUUGCCGGCAGCAGGGAGGAAUGUCAUGGCCGGGAUUGCAUCUCCUGGCAAACCGCUCCGCUUGGCCACUCAGCAUUGCUGGCAUCGCCCAUCGGCAGGGCACCGAUGGGGGGAAUGCAGCGGGAGGCGAUGAGCCAUCCCUCUGCCUGUCUCUCCAUUUUCUGACUCACUUGUCAGAAAGACACUAGGAUGGCAGAUUCCUGCUUGGAGGCCUUGGGAGGGAGGAGGAGCCUGGCUGUCCUCCGCCCUCCCACCCGCCAUUGUCAGCGGCGAGCGGUGGUGGCGGGCACCUGCUCCGGCCGCCGGUGGCAGGGAUGCUCCUGCUCUCCGCAGUAGAGCGGGCAGGCUGCAGAAAUCCCAACGUGACGCUUUCGGAGCCGCUGCCGGCAGCAGCAGAAGGUUGGAAGAAGGAGAUGCUGCUUACGCAUGCCUGGCCCAGCUGCCGCCUCGGGAAAUGAACAUGAGUCUGCCAGGCCGUGUCUCCUGCUCCAUGCUCAACUGCUUUGGUGAGGAAGGCCCUCCCAGUUUGGAGUACAUCCAGGCCAAGGACUUGUUCCCCCCGAAAGAGCUUGUGAAGGAGGAAGAAUCAUUGCAGGUCCCAUUCACAGUGCUGCAGGGUGAGGGAGUGGAGUAUCUUGGCCAUGCGAAUGAUGCCGUGAUUGCCAUCUCCAACUACCGGCUUCACAUCAAAUUCAAGGAUUCUGUGAUCAAUGUGCCUUUGAGGAUGAUGGAAAGCGUGGAGUGUCGGGAUAUGUUCCAGCUUCACAUCGUCUGCAAGGACUCCAAAGUGAUCAGGUGCCAUUUUUCCACCUUUAAGCAGUGCCAGGAGUGGCUGAAGAGGCUGAAUCGAGCCAUUGCCCGCCCUGCUAAGCCUGAGGACCUCUUUGCGUUUGCCUACCAUGCAUGGUGCUUAGGAGUCUGUGUUGAUGAGGAGGAUCAGCAUGCACAUCUCUGCCGUCCAGGAGACCAUGUGAGGUACCGCUUUGAGAUGGAGCUGGUGAGGAUGGGCUUCGACUUGCAGAAUGUAUGGCGAGUCUCUGACAUCAACAACAAUUACAAGCUUUGUUCCAGUUAUCCCCAGAAGCUGCUGGUCCCUGUCUGGAUCACCGAUAAAGAGCUGGAAAAUGUGGCUUCAUUUAGAUCAUGGAAGAGGAUCCCUGUGGUGGUGUACAGACACGUGCGCAACGGGGCAGUGAUUGCGCGCUGCAGCCAGCCUGAAAUCAGCUGGUGGGGCUGGCGGAAUGCUGAUGAUGAGUAUCUGGUGACAUCUAUUGCCAAAGCCUGUGCCUUGAACCCUGGAGUAAAGGUUCCUGGUGGCGUGCCGCACAAUGGGAGCAGCGACGGCAGUGAGGCCUGCGAGACCGACUUCGACUCGUCUCUGACUGCAUGUUCCAGCGUGGAGAAUGCAGGGACGCCUCAGAAGCUGCUGAUUCUUGAUGCCAGGUCCUACACGGCGGCUGUGGCCAACAGGGCGAAGGGAGGCGGAUGUGAAUGUGAAGAGUAUUACCCAAACUGUGAAGUCGUGUUUAUGGGCAUGGCCAACAUCCACUCCAUCCGGAACAGCUUCCAGUACCUGCGUGCUGUCUGCAGUCAGGUGCCAGACCCCAGCAACUGGCUUUCCGCCCUGGAGAGCACCAAGUGGCUGCAGCACCUUUCGGUCAUGCUGAAGGCAGCGGUGCUGGUCUCCAAUGCGGUUGACAGAGAAGGACGCCCAGUGCUGGUUCAUUGCUCCGACGGCUGGGACAGAACUCCGCAAAUUGUGGCGCUGGCAAAGAUCCUUCUGGAUCCCUACUACAGGACCAUGGAGGGCUUCCAGGUGCUUGUGGAAUCAGAUUGGCUGGAUUUCGGUCACAAGUUUGGUGAUCGCUGUGGUCACCAGGAGAAGGUGGAAGAUCAGAAUGAGCAGUGCCCGGUUUUUCUGCAGUGGCUGGACGCUGUUCAUCAGCUCCUGAAGCAAUUUCCUUGCCUCUUCGAAUUCAACGAAGCUUUUUUGGUGAAGCUGGUGCAGCACACGUAUUCCUGCCUCUAUGGGACCUUCCUUGGGAACAGCCCCUGCGAGCGAGAGUUGCACAACAUCUACAAACGUACCUGCUCUGUGUGGUCCCUCCUGCGGGCGGGCAAUAAGAACUUCCACAAUCUUCUCUAUAUGCCAGGCUCUGAGCAGGUGCUGCAUCCAGUGUGCCAUGUGCGAGCGCUGCAUGUCUGGACAUCAGUGUAUCUCCCAGCGUCCUCGCCGCAUCCUCUGGGACAGGAGGACAUGGACAUUUACCUGCCCUCUGGAUCUCAGAGCCAGGAGUUCAGUGGCAGAUGUUUGGACAGAUUACCAAAGACAAGAUCAAUGGAUGACCUACUCUCAGCCUGUGACUCCAGCAGCCCGUUGACCCGCACAUCCAGCGAUCCAAACCUCAAUAACCACUGCCAGGAAGUCCGGGCAGGUCUGGAAGCCCGGCACGGCCCCGCUGAGGGUGCCGAGCUGCUCUUGAGUGAGGGCAGCACACUGGCUGCAGGAGAGAAACAACAAGCAGAGGAGCGGGAGGAAAGCAGUGCUCUGCGAGCCAACAGUGCCGGGAGUAGCCGCGCUGAGCAUGAAGGGCACAGCAAGCAGCCGAGCAGCCGGGCUGCGGUGCCAGUGAGCAGCGUUCCUCUGGAGGCAGAAAAGGGAAGCGGAACACACACAGUGGAACUGAAUGGUGCAGGUCCAGCUCCAGAUUCCUCCAAACAGGAGAAUGCUGACAGGGUUUCCAGCAGUUCUGGAAAGCAGGUAAAAACUGCUCCCCAGAAACCCAUGAAGGCUUCUAGUGUGUUGUCCAAUGGAGGAGGAUGCUCCAAGACGAACACCACCUGCCAAGACAUUCCCAGCCAAGAGUCCCUGGCACCAAGCGCCCCUUGUCAGGACAUCCCAAGCCCUGCCCUGGGCAUCCCAUGCCUGGAUGAAGACAAUGGCAAAGGCAAUGCUGGAAGGAUGCCCUGCGAAGAGCCCGGGUGCCUGGGGAGAGUCCCACUUGAGCAAUGGCGUAAACCCAUUUCCCAGAGCCAAAGCAGUGACUUCUCCUUCCUGGGAUCCAACUGGGACAGCUUUCAAGGAAUGGUGACAUCGCUCCCCAGUGGGGAGCCUGCCCCUCGACACCUCCUCUCUCAUGGCUGCUGUAGCAAGAGGCUGAGCGGCAAAGUGCUGCGGGCGCCAGGCCUGUGCUUUGGGGGCCACUGGGCUGCCCGUGAAGAUGCAAAGCCCUCCGUCUGCUCUGGCCGCGUCAGGACGCAUUUUGCAGGCCCUGCAGGGAAACCCAGCCACUCAUGGCAACCUUGCUGCCUGAAACAAGCAUCUGGCCCCAAGCACGUGCCACCAAAAUGUCCUUCUCCUGUGCCUCCUCUCUACCUGGAUGACGACGGGCUGCCCUUCCCCACGGAUGUGAUUCAGCACAGGCUGCGGCAGAUCGAGGCCAGCUACAGGCAGGAGGUGGAGCAGCUGCGCAGGCAAGUGCGGGAACUGCAGCUUCGCUUGGACAUCCGCCACUUCUGUGCCCCUCCAGCCGAGCCCCCGAUGGACUAUGAGGAUGACUUUACGUGUUUGAAGGAGUCGGACGGCAGCGACACUGAGGAUUUCUGUUCUGAUCACAGCGAAGACUGUUUGUCAGAAGCAAGCUGGGAGCCUGUGGAUAAGAAGGAGACAGAGGUGACACGGUGGGUUCCGGACCACAUGGCCUCACACUGCUUUAACUGCGACAGUGAAUUCUGGCUGGCCAAGCGGAGGCAUCACUGCAGGAACUGUGGGAAUGUGUUUUGUGCUGGUUGCUGCCACCUGAAGUUGCCCAUCCCCGAUCAGCAGUUGUAUGACCCUGUCCUCGUCUGUAACUCCUGUUAUGACCACAUCCAAGUGUCUCGUGCCAGGGAGCUCAUGAGCCAACACCUGAAGAAACCCAUCGCCACAGCUUCCAGCUGAAUUCCAGACAUGGGACCUGUCUGAGCCCAGCCUUUUCUCUCGGGGUUUGAAGGGUGACUCUGCCUCCACUGCACUUGUGUGAAGGCUUUCGGUGCAACACUUGGACACCAAGCUGGAAUGCACUGUCUCCAGCAAUCUCACUGUCGUUCUGGAGCAGAGGAGCUCCCAUGGGAGCAUGGUGUGUGUCUGGGUCCGCACACUGCAGACUGACACCUGGGGCUGAGAAGGGGGUUGCACCCUCUUUCCUUUGUGGGCUGGAAAGCAGUGUUUUCACAGCUAUUGCCUGUGCAAAGUCCCCCUAAAGCAAUAGGAAGGCGUGUUUAGCACAACUGCCCCUGCAAAGGCUGCUGGAUGAGAGUGAAGAGGGCCGACUCCAGGUGGCACCAUGGGCUUCCAAAGGGCCACAGCCUGGAGCGGCUCUGUAGAUUCUCUUUCCAUGAAUGCGAUUUGCGGUCAGCUUGGUGAACAAGACUCAUCAACCACCACAAAUUCAUUUUUUUUCUCUUGAGCGUAGCAGAGCAAUUAAUUCAGGCUGGAAACGGGCCGAGCAGGUUUUGCCUGUUUUCACGCUCUGCUAGGAUUGGUGAAUGCCCCUGACUUUGCCCCUGCUCCCAAACACUGCCGGGAGACUGGGGGAGAUUGGCUUUUUCACUUCUACUCUGCCCGGCUGCUUUUUGUGCGGUGGUGUCAGCCUGGUGCUAACACGGGAAUGGCACCUGAUCCUCUCCUGGCAUGGAAACAGAGCUCAUGUUCCUGUGUUGCUCCUCCUCCCCUUUUCUGCCCUCAGCUCUCCACUUCCUACUGCUCUUUAUCCUGAAAACUUGAUACCUUGAGGGUUUAGGCCAUAAUGUGUUGUUUUACCUCCUGGAAUGUGCUGUCUGGUGUACGUGAGGGUUUCAGUCCAAAUGCUGCUAUCUAUUUCUGUGCACUUAAUGUAACCCGAAGAAGGGGGAAUGAAGCAUCUAUACCAAAACAGGGGUGGGAAAGGACCCUGGCUGACACAGACACUCUGGUCUGCGCUUUUCACUUGCGGGAGUACAGCCGAGCUACAGCGAUAAACAGUGAGGUGUGGAAACAACCCCUCUGACUUGCCCCAGCUUUACCUAAAAUGCCUCUUGGAUUUGACUUUUUUUUUUGUCUCCUGUGCAGUGGUCAAAGUUUAGAGUUGCCAACUUGCGAUUGCCUCUCUGCUUCUUCAGAAUAGAGAGCAGGGAUCACAACUCAUCCUAAGGAAAAGGAACUGGCUUUAGAAAGAAAGAAAGGUUAAGAAAGAAAGAGGAAGUCCAGGACUGAAGGUGGACCUUCAGGUGGACUUCCAAUCCCUAGAUCCCUUGGGGAGUCUCCAUCCUGCCUCCAUUCUGAGAAAUCUGCGGGUAUUAAUGAGGAAGAAGAGAUUGGAAGUGGGCGUUUCUUGGCAGAGUUGCAGGUUUUUGUUCCAGCCAACUGAAAAUGUCUGAUGUGUUCUGUACCUCAGGAGCUGAGACGCUGGGGGCGGGGGGAGGACGUGUGAGGACGUUCGCUCUGCUCACAAAGCAGAGUUCUUUAUACCGCUGUGAGUUCCCAGGUGUUUUGCAAAUGGUUUGACAACAUCAGAGGGAAUGGAAUCGUGACCCUUUCCUGCACUUUGCUCUGUCAGCCUCUGGUUUUGUAAAUCCCGUAGUGCAAGCAAAGCUAGCGUCAUCCGAAGAGCCUGGCUUACUGGGACUCUGCUUCUUUUCCAUACUGGGAACAACCAAUGUGGCUUUGGGAUGAGAAGGCACUUUGCUUCAGAUUCUCCCCUGCCUUGUACCUUGCAGUCAUUGCCAGACGUGGAAGAAUGACUCUUGGGCUGGCAGAAGAAACCUGGAUUUGCUCCUGAUUUGCACAUGUUGGAAUGACUGCAAGCAAUAAGGAAGCCAGAAACCAGGCCCUCCUGGCCCUUCCAUUCAGGCCACUGGGCCAAACUGCUUCUGGCUCUGGUGAGGUUCAGCAUCACAAUGUGAUGACCAGACACUCUCAAAUCAGUUCGAUGGCAUUGUGACAAACGAGGUGUGCUGUACAACUCAAUACAGGCGAAAUAAAAUCUCUAUAUUAGUGCUGCUGG